CUGAUAACAACCGUCACGUUGACAUUUUCCGUGAUUUAUUUGUUUUUGAAAAUCGUGUGCCAAUUCCCAAUUAAGUUUUUACGCAAUGCGUCAACUGACGUCCUUUGCGUGCGAUAAUCAGUGAGUUUUUGUUAUUUUCAUGCGCGCCGACGAUGCUUCGAUCCCGUUUUGGUUGCAAGCAUGUCCUCCGAGUCCCUUGCAUCCCUCCAGAGUCCGGCCGGGACGGGGCUAGGUCAUGGAAUCUCCUCAGGACAAAUCACGGUCACGGAUUAACCUCAAUCCGGGCCAUCACAACGGGUCACGAAUCACUGCGGCCGGACGUGUUGCAGAAGCGUGAGUUCAUCCCGAAGACCCUCGAGACCGGAAACUACAAUGUCGCCCUGCCGGACAGGGCACGUGUGGUCGUUUGCGGGGGCGGAAUUAUGGGUGGCUCGAUUGUUUACCAUCUCGCCAAGGCGGGGUGGGGGAAGGACACGGUGCUCGUUGAACAGGCUCAGGUCGGUGGCGGCACCCCUUGGCAUCAGACAGGCCUGGCGGCAACGUUCAAGUCAUCACACACUGAGGUCCGCCUGUCCCACUACUCGAUUGAGCUGAUCAAGGACCUGACGGCCAAAGGACUUCCGACAGGCUGGAAGCAGUGCGGCGCAGUGAAUGUCGCGAGGGGUUUCGACCGGAUGACAAUGUUCAGGCGGAUGAAAUCCCAAGCAGUGUCCUGGGGAAUCGACUGUGAACUCCUCACCCCAGAGGAAUGCAAAGAGCGCUGCCCUAUAAUAGAAAUAGGCGACAUUGCCGGCGGCCUAUGGGUCCCUGGAGACGGAGUAUGCGACCCUCACCAAGUAUGCACUUCCCUAAUCGAGGAAGCUCACCGCAUGGGCGUAACAGUGAUCGAACACUGCGCGGUCAAAAAAGUCCGACAAGCAGAAGGCAAGGUCAGAGGCGUAGACACAACUUCGGGCCCGAUAGAGUGCGACUUCUUCGUUAAUUGCUCAGGUUUCUGGGCGAGGGAAGUCGGGAAACUUUCCAGUCCAGUCGUGAAAGUUCCUCUCCAUCCAGUCGAGCACUAUUACCUCCACACCAAGCCAUUGGCCGGUCUUGAUCCGGACACACCAAUCAUUCGAGACAUGGACGGACAAAUAUACGUUCGCGUCAAGGAUGGCGGAUUCAUGGCAGGCGGCUUCGAACUGGAAGCCAAACCCGCUUACGAGGACGGAAAUGUUCCUUUAUCACAACCAGAACGGCAACUACCCCCUGACUGGGACCAUUUUUAUGUUCUUCUGGUGGAAAUGUUAAAGCGGGUUCCAGCACUCAGGAAAGUGGAGAUUGAUCGUCUCUGCAACGGGCCUGAAGCGUUCCCCCCGGACUGCAAGUGGAUCCUAGGCGAGAGUCCCGAGAUCCAAAACUACUUCAUAUCUGCCGGCAUGAAAACCGUGGGAAUAUCCGCGGCGGGGGGCAUCGGACGAGCAAUUUCCGACCUAAUAACUCGAGGAUACUCGACACUUGACCUCUACCAAUUGGACAUAUCCCGCUUCACUGGGCUACACAACAACCGAAAGUUCCUGAGGGACAGAUGCCGCGAAGUCCCUGGAUUGCACUACCGCGUGGAAUAUCCUUUCAACGAAUUCAAAACUGGACGAAAUCUACGCAUGUCCCCGAUAUUUCCGUCUUUGAAAGAAGCAGGUGCCGUGUUUGGCCAAACAAUGGGCUACGAACGGCCGAACUACUUCGAUUCUAGGGAGAAAGUGGACAAGAACGGCAUCCCGAGGUUCCGGAUCGCAGACACAAGCACAUUCGGGAAGCCACCGUGGUUCGACUUCGUGGCGGCCGAGUAUAACGCAUGCCGUGAACGUAUCGGAUUGGCUGACUACAGUUCCUUCACGAAAAUCGACUUGCAGUCGAAAGGACGAGAAGUUGUGGAUCUGCUGCAGUAUCUGUGCUCCAAUGACGUCGACGUGCCUGUCGGGUCGAUCAUCCACACUGGAAUGCAGAAUCAAUUCGGCGGAUACGAGAACGAUUGCUCUCUGGCGCGGUUGAGUGAGAAUUAUUACAUGAUGAUCGCUCCAACCAUUCAACAGACGCGCUGCAAAGCUUGGAUAGCAAAGCACAUGCCUCACAUUGGCCCAGUAAACGUCUCCGAUGUGACCUCAAUGUACACAGCCAUUGCCAUCAUGGGCCCGUACACGAGACUUCUCCUCUCCGAACUCACUGACACGGAUCUGUCGCCGAAGAACUUCCCAUUCUUCACGUAUAAGGAAUUGGAUGUGGGUCUAGCGAACGGAAUUCGAGCCAUGAAUCUCACACAUACAGGGGAGCUGGGGUAUGUGCUUUACAUCCCCAACGAAUAUGCCCUUCACGUUUACACAAGGCUGUGGGAGGCAGGACAGCGCUAUGGAAUACAGCAUGCAGGUUACUAUGCAACGCGGACACUACGAAUAGAAAAAUUCUAUGCAUUUUGGGGUCAGGAUUUGGAUACCUUCACUACGCCCUUAGAGUGUGGCAGAAGUUGGCGAGUCAAAUUUGAUAAAGACAUUGACUUCAUCGGCCGCGAAGCUCUGACCAGGCAAAAGCAAGAAGGCGUGAAAAGGAUGUACGUUCAACUGUUACUGAACGAUCACGACCCAGAAGUCGACUUAUGGUGCUGGGGGGGUGAACCAAUCUACCGGGACGGCGAGUAUUGUGGACAAACCACCACAACCGGAUAUGGAUUCACAUUCAAGAAACAAGUCUGCCUGGGAUUCGUCAGGAAAUUAGAUCGCGACGGGAAACCACAGUCUGUUACAAACGACUAUGUCCUCUCGGGUAACUAUGAAGUGGAAGUGGCAGGCAUUCGCUACGAGGCAAAAGUCCACUUGCACUCACCCAACUUACCAACGAAAUUCCCUGACAAGGAACGGGAGGCAUACCAGGCCACCCGCGAUAAACAGGGACAAGCUGCACUGCUCUCCUAUGAAACGAAGUUUUAAAAGAUUUCAAGUGUGUCAGACAAUAAUGGCAAACCCCCAAGAAAAUUGUUUCGUUUUGUGUGAUGCUUUUAAUUAAGGACUCCAUAUGCUUAUUUAAUCGACUAUUUAUGAUCAUUGAAAAGUUUAUAUAUCGCUUACUUUCUGUGUAUAUAGAAUUCAAUUGGAUUUAGGAGAAUCUUUUGAAAUAUUCAAUGAAAACUGUCUGUGAUGAUGGUCUCAGCGAGAUCAGAUACUCAGAGGCGCUCAGAAUUAUGGCUUUGAUGUAUUUUAUUCGCAUUUGCAUAUGUACAACAUAUUGAUGUCUUCUCAAUCUGAACUUAAGAUAAAAAUGUCAAAUUCUCGGAAUAAAGAUAAAGUUAAACAUUUUGCAUAUUGAUAUAA